AUGGCGGACAGUGAUGAAGAUAGUUAUAAUUCGCCCUCCCCUUCAGAGAAAAUUAUUGAAACACAGGGGCCAAGAGUAGUUACAAUUUACAAAACUGAGACAGGUUUCGGAUUUAAUGUCCGUGGACAAAUAAGUGAGGGUGGGGUGUUAAAAUCAAUCAAUGGGGUGUUGUACGCACCCCUACAACAUGUCAGUGCUGUGUUGGAAGGAGGUGCAGCCCAGAGAGCUGGUAUAAGGAAAGGUGACAGAAUUUUAGAAGUGAACGGUUGUAAUGUUGAAGGUUCAACACACAAACAAGUUGUAGAUUUCAUAAGAUCUGGUGGUGAUACCUUAACACUUACAGUGAUAUCGGUACCUGAUCAAGUAGCAGAUAAAUUAGAACCAAGUGAUGAUUCUUCAGGUCCCUCAUAUAUAGAUUAUUCUGAACGCCGUUCAUUACCAAUAUCAAUACCAGAUUAUCAAACAGUGGAACACGAUGGGGAAAAAUUUGUGAUAUUUAAUAUUUAUAUGGCUGGACGUCAUUUAUGUUCACGUAGAUAUAGAGAGUUUGAUAAUUUACAUCAUAAUAUAAAAAGAGAAUUUCCUGAUUUUAACUUUCCUAAAUUACCUGGUAAAAAACUCUUCCAUUUAUCAGAACAACAGUUAGACCAAAGAAGACGGGGGCUUGAGCAAUAUUUAGAAAAAGUUUGUGCUGUUCGAGUAAUAGGUGAUAGUGAUCUGGUCCAAGAAUUUUUAGCAGCAGGUGAUUCUGUAAAUGAGGACGUUAAUUCUGAUGUAGAAUUAAAAGUUUUGUUACCAGAUAGAAAUAUAUGUUUAGUUACAAUCCACCGUAAUGAUAAUGCUGAUCAAGUAUAUGAGGCAGUAGUUGUUAAAUUGAAUAUUUCCCCAAAAGCUGCACAAUGUUUUUAUCUAUUUGAAACAGUAGAAUAUAAUUUUGAAAGAAAACUUCAACCCCACGAGUUACCUCACAAUAUUUAUAUCCAGAAUUACAGUACCGCCACAGCUACGUGUAUUACUCUACAAAGAUGGUACUUCUCUCCGGCUAAAGAAAUGGCAUUAAAAGCUGAUGAAAGAGCCCUGUCCUAUUUAUUUUGGCUGACUGUAGAUGAUAUCAGUAGAGGUAACAUAAAAACUGGUGAUAAAUUAUAUGAACUAAAAGCAUUGAAAGAAUCCACAAAAGUACUAGAGUAUUUAAAAAUAGCUAAAAGGUUAGAUGGUUAUGGAGAAAUUGUAUUUCCACAUUGUGCUUGUGAUUCAAGAAGAGACGGCCAUGUUAUAGCUAGAAUAGGAAUGGAAUGUUUUAAAUUACAAGCCUGUCAAGAAAAUGGAACUGCAGAGUCUCAAGUCAUAGAAUUUUCAUGGAAAGAUGUUUUAUCAUAUGAAGUGGAUGAAGAGGGCAUGUCAUUUAAUUUUGAAUAUCAUCGUCAAGGCAAAAAACCAAGAAUAGUCAAAAUUUUCACUCAAUAUUAUUAUUUUAUGAAUGAUUGUUUCAAUAAAGUUUAUGAAGAA